ACCCCCGACGUUCUCACCGACGACGUCGCCGACCUUGCCAUCGGUCUUAUGAUCUGCACCCUCCGCCAUAUCUGCGCCUCCGACCGGUACGUCAGGAAAGGCCUUUGGAGAGGUUUGGGAGAGUAUAAGCUCACCACCAAGCAUCCGGUGCUAAUGUGCAUUAUUGAGACAAUAUAGACAUAUGCGUACUGCAUGGCUUAUCCGUACUGCAUGGCCUUUGCAGUUCAGUGGAAAAACAGUUGGCAUUGUGGGACUUGGUCGAAUUGGGAUGGCCAUUGCCAAGAGAAGUGAGGCUUUUGGCUGCACCGUUAUUUACCAUUCACGAUCAGAAAACCCAGGUGCAAACUACAGGUUUUACUCAAAUUUAGUAGAUCUUGCUGCUGACAGUGACAUUCUGGUACUAGCAUGCCCCUUAACUGAUGAAACUCAUCACAUUGUAAACAUGACCGUCAUAAAUGCAUUGGGUCCAGAUGGAGUUCUUGUGAACAUUGGUCGUGGCUCUCUUGUUGAUGAGCCAGAAUUAGUCAAGGCGUUAUUAGAUAAGAGACUUGGUGGCGCUGGACUUGAUGUAUUUGAAUGGGAGCCUGAACCACCUAAAGAACUGCUUGAUCUGGACAAUGUCGUGCUGUUGCCACAUGUUGGAAGUUCAACUGUGGAAACUGCAAAGGACAUGGCCGACUUGGUGGUGAAAAAUCUGGAGGCUUAUGCAAUGGGAAGGCCUUUGUUGACGCCAGUGCUAUAGUAAUGAGCAACCGUGAACUUUGGAAGGUAUCCGAUCGUUUACUUUCUCAUAACAACAAUCUUUUUGUUUGUCCUCAAUUUGAUAUUUCAUUGGAUGACACGUCAUUUCAUGAACAAAAUUCUGGUUUCUUUUAUAUUUAGUUGCAAGAUCCUUCAAUUCCUAACAAUUUGAUAUUGGCUUCACCUUGUAAUCAAUCCUUUUGAGGUUGUUCUUUUUC